AUGUUCCCGUUCACAGGGUACCAACGGCAGCUGAACUACAAACACCCCGAUGGCUCAUUCAGCGCCUUCGGGAGCAGCGACAGCGAGGGCAACACCUGGCUCACUGCCUUCGUGCUCAAGUCCUUCCUGCACGCCCAGCCCUACAUCUUCAUCGACGACGCAGUCUUGCACAAGGCUGCUUCCUUCUUCCUUCAGUACCGCCUGGAGUCGGGCUGUUUCGCCAACGUGGGCAAACUGCUCCAUAGCGCCAUGAAGGGAGGCGUCGAUGAUACCAUCUCUCUUUCGGCCUACGUCACCACUGCGCUCCUUGAGUUACAACGUCUGAACCCCAAUAUGGCCGAUAAGGUUUACGAGGAGAGUCGGGAAUGGCCAGGCUUUCAGGAUUCUGACCUGCUGACAGAGCCAACUCCGCUGCACAAGGCCGAGGAGGGGGAGACGCAGCCUGCGGGGUUCAAGACGAUUGUGCUGGAGCCGUCUCUCCGUUGCCUGAGGGAGCAGAUGGAGACGGUGAACAACACGUACACGCUGGCUCUUCUCUCCUACACCUUCACCCUGGCCGGGGACGACACCUCGAGGGAUUUGCUCCUCAAGAAGCUGGAGGGGCUGGCCAUCACAAAGGAUGGAAUGAGGCACUGGACAAGGGACCCGGACGCAGAGGAAACGGACGAGGACAACUGUUACUGGAGGAGGGCUCCCUCGGCUGAGGUGGAGAUGACAGCCUACGUCCUCCUCGCCCUCCUGUCCCAGCCCAGCGUCAGCCCCGAAGACCUGCAGCGCGCGACCACCAUCGUGAACUGGCUGGUCCGGCAGAGGAACGCCUACGGGGGCUUCGCCUCCACCCAGGACACGGUGGUGGCUCUCCACGCUCUCUCGCUCUACGGAAGCCUGACCCACCAGUCAGACCCCCAGGGGCUGGUCACCCUGACCGGAAAGAACAAAUUCCUCCGGGAGAUCCGGCUGGACGCCUCCAACCAGCUGGUGCUCCAGACCCAGACGCUGCAGGACGUUCCCGGAGACUACACUGCCCUUGUCAGUGGCAGCAGCUGUCUGUUACUACAGACCAUACUGCGGUACAACGUCCUCCCCAAACUCAGCGAUUCCGCCUUCCAGCUCUCGGCCGAGAUGAAGAGAUCUGUUGACGACCCCGACACAGGCACCAUCACCGUGAAUGUAACGUACAUCGGGUCUCGGAAGGUCUCCAACAUGGUCAUCGUGGAUGUCAAGAUGCUGUCCGGGUACACUGCUGAGAAGCCGAUCGACCCUCGUAUCAGUAGGUCAGAGACAGAGGAAGGCCACUUGCUGAUGUACAUUCCAGAGAUGGACAAGCUCUCGCCGGUACGAGUGUCGAUUCCCGUUCGCCGGGAGUUUGUGGUGGAAAAUCUUCAGGAUGCCUAUGUGACGGUCUACGACUACUACGAAACCGAUGAAUCUGCCAUCACUGGAUACCAGCUGCCCACACCAGGGGAGGGACCCACCGCGACUUGAAAAGGACUUUUCGCCACCAGGGUUAAGAACAACGUUUCGGCAUCUUGUAAUCACUUAAAAUAAAUAAAUUUCUUAAUCCA